GCACACACUAUAAUUUCGCAAGAAAACGACGGUGAUUUAUUUUCCUGAUGAAAAAUAGGGAAAACACAUAUCCGUGAGAACCGAUCAGCCUAGCAGUCCAUCAAACCAAUUCGAUCUCGCCCGGUUGACGCCACAGCUCCACAUCGUGAUCGAUGCCGCUGUUAUCGCCGCCGCCACCGCCGGCUCCCAGGGACGGAAGCUCGCGACGGCUGAGUCGGAUCCGAAGGAGACGAUCCAGGAGGAGGAACUGGGCGGCUCUGCCGCUGGAUGCGCUGCUGCACGUCUUCCACAAGCUGGACCAUGUCGACCUCAUGUUCGGCGGAGCGUCGAGGGCGUGCCGGUCCUGGCGCAGCGCCGCGCGCGAGCCCGAGCUGUGGCGCCGCAUCGACUUGCGCGGACACUCCCUGCUCUUCCGCGAGACUAUCAGCCUCAACAGGAUGGCGCGGUUUGCCAUCUGGUUCAGCGCUGGGCAGUGCAUGGAGUUCACGGGCGACCAUGACUACGUCGAUGAGGACCUCAUCCUUUUCCUAGGCAAUCAGGCGCCCUUAUUGAAGAGCCUUCGUCUUACAGAAUUCUGUGUUAACAGUGGAGCAUUCAGAGACGCAACAAAGAAGUGGCCCUUGUUGGAGGAGCUGGAGCUUUACCAUUAUUAUGGUGGAUGUGUCGCAGGGAUUAUUGAGCAUGUUGCCACCACUUGUCCGCAACUGAAGCACUUGAGAUGUUACAAAGGAGCAAGAUACCCUCCCAACAACAGCGAAGCAUUGGCCAUUGGAAGGUUGCACGAGCUACGCUCCCUGCAGCUUUACGGCAGCAACCUUGACAACGAAGGACUAAAGAUCAUCCUUGACAACUGCCCUCACCUUGAGUUUUUUGACCUCCGUGGUUGCUACAAUGUCCAUAUAGAUAGCAGCCUGCGAGCCAGGGUCAAGACGAUGAAGCUAUAUCACUAUGCAUAUAAUGACUUCGCCAGGUACUUCGAGACCGGUAGCCAUCAUUACUAUGGUUAUCACACAUACUACAAUUGCCUUGAUGAGGGUGACUGUGACUUUUUGUACGCCGAGGGCUAUUUGUAUGCCGAGGGUUAUGACUCCGAAGACUCCGACCACUCUUGCUGCUUUAGUCAUGCUCAAGAGACCGAUUUUGAAGAGCAUGAAAGGAGUUUUGACAAGGUUCCACGUAGACGUCGACAUAGGAACCUUAGAAUCUAAUUAAUUGGUGAUUUGAAUGUUCGGAUGGAAGUGCCUGACCGGAUGCUUCUGCCUUCCACGAUGUCCGGUAUAUUCUUGCGAGGAUUUGAGUUUUCAGCUUGGGGAUUUAUUCACCUCUCUGCGUGGUGUUUAAAGCUUGUUCAACUCAUCUAUUUAUGUAAGCAAGACAAUAAGUGAUAUUGAGAACAACAAAAAAUAGAUUAGCAAUGUUCUGUUCAGUUCGAUAGGAGAC